AUGGUCCGUAGUACGGUGCUCACUCAUCCUUCACCCAUCGCUCACUCAUCCUUCACCCAUCGCUCACUCAUCCUUCACUUCACUCAUCGCUCACUCAUCCUUCACCCAUCGCUCACUCAUCCUUCACUCAUCACUCACACAUCCUUCACCCAUCGCUCACUCUUCCUUCACUCAUCGCUCACUCAUCCUUCACCCAUCGCUCACUCAUCCUUCAAUCAUCGCUCACUCAUCCUUCACUCAUCGCUCACUCAUCCUUCACCCAUCGCUCACUCAUCCUUCACUCAUCACUCACUCAUCCUUCACCCAUCGCUCACUCAUCCUUCACUCAUCACUCACUCAUCCUUCACCCAUCGCUCACUCAUCCUUCACUCAUCGCUCACUCAUCCUUCACCCAUCGCUCACUCAUCCUUCACCCAUCGCUCACUCAUCCUUCACCCAUCGCUCACUCAUCCUUCACUUCACUCAUCGCUCACUCAUCAUUCACUCAUCGCUCACUCAUCCUUCACUCAUCGCUCACCUUCGCCUCAUAACAAGCACCCUGAUGUGAAGGCGUCGUAA